UAGAUUAUCGCCGUUGAAGUGCAUGCACUAUGACAAAAGAAACACCCACAACAAUGUAUGGAAUAGUUUUCUUUUUGUCGUCAUUUUUUGCCUGUAUCUAUUCACUUAACGUGUCGAUAGUGGACAAACAGAAGUAGUGGAACUUCGACGGGAAUUACGUAUGUUGGAGCAAAGAUUGCAAGCACUGGAGGCUAAGAACAACAAUACGUCAUCACUUCCCAUUGUCUUUACAGUCUGCAUGGGAUCCAGCCUUAGAACACUUGGACCUCAUCAACGAAUUGAAUUCAAUCAAGUGAUCUUAAAUGAAGGCGGGGCAUAUGACCCCCGACAUGGAAUAUUUCGGGCACCUGUUACUGGAAUCUAUAGAUUUGUUGCUACAUUCCUUAAUAAGCCUGAUCAUGAAGCCUUUGUAGAGAUUGUUAAGGAUGGAGUUCUUCUUACUCACGCUUAUAGUGAUUACCGUCAACACAGUGAAGGGACAGCGCAAGUAAACGUUAAGUUGCAGUCUGGUGAUGAUGUUUGGUGUAGAAAUGCAUUUUCCACAACCUCUAUCACAUUACAUCCUGAUGGAAAAUAUUCGUGUUUCUCUGGGUUUCAAAUCUAAUGAUACGAUGAAUAGUCUUAGAAUUAAACAUGUACCUGCAUUAUAAAUGUUAAAGAAUUAUUAUACGGGUAAAAGAAAUGUUAGUUAUGAAGAUUAAAAUUGUAGGAGAAUACGGCCUGGGUAUAAGAAGAUGAUGUAUAUCGAAGGCAAAGUUUAUUAUUUUUAUGACAAAUAGAGAUCUACUUAAACUAGAAAAUGCUUUGUGCAUGAAACUGUUUGUCUCCUUUUGACAAAUUUAUAACAUCAAUGUUAAUUAUCGUUC